CGGGAAGGGGAUUGCGAGCCGCGGGCCAGCUGGUAAACGCUGUGCUCCGCGGAUCUGACACCUUCUCAGGAGGACGGCUACAAAGUAGCCGCCAUCUCCACCGCUUUAACCACCGGAAGUCGCCAGUAUACUAAUCUUAACGUAGAUUGCUGAACUUGGUUUUCAACAGCUGAAAUGUUUUUUAAAUCACAAGUUUAAUUGGAUUUGAAGUUUAUGCCUGAUUUAUAUAGAAUAUUAUGUCAGAUGUGGAUAAUGAUGAUAGUUGGAUUUGCAAAGGCUAACAUAAAACAAAUCACACAAGCACAUUACAAAAUAAUAUGAUGGGUGAACUCACUCUAACUCACUCUAGAACCUAUUUGCCUCUUCUGUGAUGACUGCUUUUAGUUAGCUGUCAGAUGCAAGAUGUCAGCAGGAGGAAAUAAAUUUUAAACUUCCCUUAUCGGAUUCUCAUUUUUAUUGAGUCAAUGAAUCAACUAUUGUUCUCUUAUCCUUUCUUCCUGUCUCAGCUGCAGAAGAAACUUUGGUUGAAUGUAUCUUAGGAACAGUAAAAAAAAACUUUCUCAGCCUAUGGUUAAAUGUAUAUAUUUUGUAUUGAACCUAAAUUCAAAGCUCAAGAUUCAGAACACAAAAUAUCAGUAACAAACAGUAGGGAAAAAAGUCAGCUGAAUAAUUUACAGUUUGCAAAUUUGAGCCUUUUUUAUAUGGAAUUUGACAUUUCAUUGAACAGAAUAUUGUUAAUACAUGAUCCUAAAGAAUGUUUGUGUGUGUGUGUGUAUUUGAAUGUUGUUGGAUAUCAAACUCAUGUGGGGUCAAAUGCAAAGCAACAUGGCACUUAGUCUACAGAAUUUACUAGCACCUAAACUUUAAUAUUGUACCCAAGGGUUACUGCAAAAAGUUGGAUGUUAUUCUGCUAUAUAAUCAGAUGAUCAAGUUGUUAAUACUAUGUUCAACUGAUGACACAGGUUUAUCACAAAUGAAAAAGGAAAUUGCACACUGCCAGUUUGUGACACUUUUCCUCAUAUAUAUUAACCUUCCAUUAUGAUAAUUCUGAACCGCUGUCUGAAUAUGGAAAUGAAUGGGCAUGUGCUGUUGGUUACAGGACUUCAUCAAUUCCAAAGCCACCUUUUGAAUGAAACAGUAUUGAAUAGUAUCCAAGAGCUAAGCUAUGAAGCAGGAAAUUCAAAUCUUUUAUUUAUUAUAAACAUUCUAGACUUAGUAUAAAUCACUAGUGCAGAAAGGCUAGAGCAUUAGAUUGGUCUUCUCUCGGGGACCAAUGGACUUGGAUGGGUUCCAGAAGGAUCUGGAGGUUGUUCCUACUGUUCCUACUGUUCUGUAUGGCCAUCCAAAGUUUUGAUGGCCACUUGGAAUAAGCUGAGGCUUUGGAUUGGAUCACGCCCAUACAACCUUUAUCCUCUCAAAGAACCCUGCACUGUUCAUGGUUUAAGGAAGAGCUAAGAGAGAAGAGCUGAGAGAAAUGAGAGAAGAGACAUGUGGUGCUUGAUGAGUGAUAAAAUUGACAGAAUGUGAGUUAAAGCUGCUAUUAAAACCUACCUGGUGGCAAUGAGGAGGGCGAACAUCAUUAUUCCUCCGCUCUUAUCGUAAAUAGAUGCUUGGUGGCCAUAUUUUGGUGACAGGAAUGUCCCUGCAUAAGGAUGGCUUGGAGAACCUUUUGCAGGGCUGUGUGGAGGAAUUUUCCCAGCCUCCAUCAAAUAAAAUCACUCAGAUGUGUUCUUAGUUUGACUCUGGCUUUGUUUCAAAUUUGAUGAAGAUGCCUAGGGAAGACUCUAGCCCUGCUAUCUAAGAAUGGUUUGAACCUCUAGGAUCACUGAAAGGGGACAGGGUCCUUUGGGCUGUGAGUUGGCCACCUACUCUUUAGAUCCAUGCCCCCUCCUUUCUGGUGAAAGUGGCAUGGGAGGGCAUUCUAGCGAUGGAUAGUGCUUGAGUGAUGGGAUUAUUCCUUCACUUCUUAUGGAGGCUUUGGUUCACUCCCUCUUUAAGAAGCCAUUGCUAGAUCCUUCUAUACUGGACAAUUUUUAAACAGAGCAGCUUAAGAGGGCCUUGGAUGAAGCAGAUUUCAAUCAAGAUUUGAGUAGCAUGGUGUUGUGCUACUUUGCCUCCUUUUUCAGGCCAAUUUCAGUUGGCAGUGAUUGGUGAGGAGAGAUCCUGUUUUCAGACUCUGCUAUGUGGUGGUGUUGUAAGGUUUGAUAUUCUUCCCCCUCCUAUUUAACAUUGAAAUGAGGCUGCUAGGUGAGCUCAUCCAUUGCCAUGGGAUGAAGUAUCAGUGUGCAGAUAAUACCCAAUUGCACCUCUGUCACCCCUUACAAUAUCUCUGCCUGGUGAAUUAAUUGAUGUUAUGAGUACCUUAUCUCAGUGUCGGGAGGCUGUGAGGGUCUGGAUGGAGAACAAUAGGCUCCAGCUGAACCCUAGUAAGACUGAGUGGCUCUGGCUUUUGGCACCUUCUGGUUCUAGUACUAUGCUAUCUUUGAUGCUGGACAGGGUGGCAAUGGCCCAGACAGACCCUGUUUGCAAUCUGGGGGUCUUCCUGGACUUAGGACUUCUGCUAAAAGAGCAAGUGGGCAUUGAGUUUAGGAGGCCCUUUGCACAGCUUCAUGUCGUGCACGAGUUGUGCCCAUUCCUAGAUUGAGACAUCUGCUCACUGUUAACUCAUGCUUUAGUCACCUCUUUUUUGGAUUUCCGUAAUGCACUCUACAUGGGACUGUCCUUGAAGAGUAUCCAGAAGCUUUAACUGAUUCAAAAUGAAGCAGUGCAGACAGUCAUGUUUGCCCCCUGAGCGGUACAUGUUAAUAUCUCUGGUUCACAAGCAGCAUUGGUUGCUAGUCUGCUGCUGAGUCCAAUUCAAGGUGCUGUUUUUGAUCUUUAAAGACCUUCAUGGCAUGGGGCCGGGCUAUGUGUGGGACUACCUCUCCCCAAUUAACCUGACUGGCCCAUCAGGUCUGGCAGAGGAAGCAUGCUGCAGGUCCCCUCUGCGAGGGAAUUACAUCUGGGGGACUCCCAGAAGGUAGGGUUUCUCUGCCAGACCUGUGGAAUCUUUUCCCCAUGGAAGUGAAAUUAGCUCCAUCCCUCUCAACUUUCUACAACUCCCUCAAGACCUGGCUAUGUUAUCAAACCUAGAGGUCCUAGGGGACUGGGAAGAUUUCUGAUGCCUCCCUUACUGUGAUUAAUAUCAUCCUCUCCUGUUUUGUGUAUCUUUUUAAUAGUUAUUUUUAAUUGUGACUGUUUUAUGUAUUUUUUAAUUAAGUACUAUGUGCUACCCAGAGUUAUUUUCAUGUGAGUAUACAGUACAAAUAUAAAUAAAUGAAUGUCGUGUUUCUGUUAUCUUCAGGUUCAUUGGUCAGAGGUUCUGGGCCUGUAACUCAGACUAGAAGAAAAAAAAUGAAGUGGACUCACUAUGGACACCAGUUAAGGGCUUUUUCAAUGGCAGCUAAGCUGCUGACAGGUAGUCCUGAUGCAGAUGACCAUUGUUUGCAAUUCAUUUUGAGUCACUCACAUCUGCUCAGAAUGACACACUACAUUCCUUUCACAUCCUGUCCAUUUUAUGGGGGCACCGCCGAUCAGAGUUUAUAAGAUCAGUGGCAAAUGCUAUAACCACAGGAAGUAGACAAGAAGACAAUCUAAUAGGUCUAACUAGAUGGGUCCAGGAAGUAGUCAUUGCUCCUUUCAGUGAGAGAGAUAGGCUACCAGCUUGAAGGAGGCAGACUCCGUCCUUGAACUCUGGAGCUUUGAAUAAUUAUUACACAGUUGCAAAUCUUCCUUUCCUAGGCAAGAUGUUUUAAACAGUACUGAGCAUUUAGCUGCAAGCAUGCUUGAAAGAAGCCAGUUAGCUAGAAUAUUUUUACCCUGUCUUUUCCCUGAAUAUAGUUCUCUUUUUGCUGGGACAGAGAUAUGAAGAAUGCUACUAUGAAAGUUUUUCUGGAUCUCUGAACAGCCUUUGAUAUUACUGAUCACUAGAUAUUGAAGGAGCAUCUGCAUGGACUGAGAAUUGGAAGCAUAACAUUACAAAACUCUAUUCCUAACUGUGAAACCAUUACAAUAAAGUACAGUAGUAGCAAGAGAUUUCUGUUCAGUCCCAAGCUUCUUGAAUUGGUAGGGCAUGCUCCUUAAUAAAAUACAAAACACUUCCUGAAUAUCUGAUUCUGAAAACCAUGUAUCCAUAGUCCUUCCAUCUUAUCUACAGUAGGUUAAGUUCAGGUUGUUGGUUUCAUCUAGUGCCACCUCAAGGCAACUAUUGAGCACAUGAUCCUGAUUCAGGUGGAAAAGAGUAUCAUGGGUAUAAUGACACUGUACAUCAAGUUUCCAGCUGACCAUUCUUGGUGACUUUAGUGACUCUUUUAACAUAUCUGGUUGUUUAUUUAAGAUUGUUGUUAUUAUUCUCUUUUAACCCUCCUGCACUUUGUGAGGGGGAUUGGAAUUGAACAGCAAGAACAACAUGUUGACUUGUCUACAGUUCUCAGUUCCCCACAACUGGCCUAAUCAUUUUGAUAGCUGAGGGAAUGGACAAAACAGCACUCUUCCCCGUUCAUAUACAGAAGCUGACCAGAAGCAAUUCAACCAUGUUUCAGUGUACACAAUGGGAGAGCUUCUAGCACCACACUUGCUGAUAGCAAGCCAUUUUAAUGGAUGCAGGGAAAUUACAGGGAUCUGCCAUCUGAUCAAUCUGCCUCUGAUAUUUAUCUCAUUUCCCUCACAGCUUCUAUUGCCUGAUACAGUCAUCUCAUUCAGCUGCAUGGUAGGCCCUACCCUGAUAAUAGUAUUUUCCUACUUUUCAGAACUGUAAUAAGGAUUACAGAGAUAGCACCCAUUAAAGUUUUUCUAACAGCCCAAAAAGCUCAACUCGGCUUCUAAAGUACAGUAUAUGAUUUCAUGCAUCCUUCCGUUCUCUGUCUGAGAGAAUGCCUUUCCGAGCCAUCUCCUCUAGGGCCUCAAUGCCAUCAGGUCAGCAUCACCAGCCACAUCACUGGGAUUAGAGAGCCAAAAGUGACGAUAAUUCUCUUCCACAAGCAGCAGCUCCCAAGCCACCCAUAACCCCAAUUCCCUGCUGAGAUAACAAGCCCCUUUUAAACAGCCAGGCCUUUUCUUUAUUGCUUCCCCUAUCAGAUUACAGGCACGCUGUAAAUCUGUGUGUUGAGGAGAAAGGAUGCUAUUUUUAGAAGCCCGUUUCUAAAAAUAGUUCAGAGAUGUUUACAAUUGCGUCACAAGAGGUAAUUUUAUCCCCUGUUUGGCCCCAUAGCCCCCCUUUUCUCACCCCCUCCUCCAGAGGGGGUCAUUAUAAAAGAAGGAGAGUCAGAGGAUGUCGGGUCAGCAAGUUCAGACCCAGCCAGACAGCAAAGAGAACUAUGACCAUCUUGUGUGAAAACUGCAACAAGCCAGUCAGAAGGCGAGAACACCAGGUCUCUGCUCCUAUAUCUGUUCCCAGGCGGAAGCUCUGUACUCCAAGGCCUUUCAGGUCAACAAAAAGUGCCUCCAAGGCUCGUCGGGAUCAGAUCAAUGUGGAGCUGCAGACUCUUCGGUCUCUUCUGCCCAUCUCUGAACAAGAGAAGGAACAACUUUCAUAUCUCCACACCAUGGCUCUGGUCUGCUUCCAUAUACGAGAGACUCAACUUUUUAAUUCUGGCUCACAUCAAAUGACAUCUGAACAACCAGCUUAUGCUACUGCUGCUAUUGCAGAUCCAGAACUGAUGCAUUCACUUUCUGGGUUCAUUCUAGCUCUCACUGCAAAAGGCAAAUUGGCCUAUCUCUCUGAGAAUGUAACACAUUUCCUUGGGUUUUCUGUGGUAGAACUCCUAGCACAAGGCAACUCCAUCUUUGAUCUUCUGAACAGCACAGCAAGCAGGAUCAUACAAGAAAAACUCAGCUUUGCCCAUCAGCAUCCAGGCAUUGAAAUUGAGUUCAUCAUUGAAAUGUGUACCUCAAGAGCCUUUCGGAUUAAGUAUGGAAGGAACCGUCCAAUACUCAUGCGGGGUAGAUUCCUCUCACUUGACACACAGUUGACUUCCGCCUCUCCUGCUCUGACUUUUGUUGCUUUCUGUGCUCCUGUCCUCCAUGGGGUUGAAGAAGGGAACAAUAGGUCCCAGAACUUCACCUUCCAGAGCCAGCAUACAUUAGAUAUGAAGAUUGCUGAAAUGACUGAAAAUGUUAUUUAUCAUCUUGGUUAUAAGAAAGAAGAAUUAAUUGGUCAGUCUUGGUAUUGUUUCCUGCAUCCUGAAGAUACUGGAAGAGGGGCAGAGAUGCACAGAAACCUGAUUUCAGCACAGAGCACUGGGAAACAGAAUCAGCAUGUAAUUGUACGUUUAUGCUGCAAGGACCUGAGCUGGGUCUGGGUGCAAGUCACUGCAGUGAUGGAGAACGGAAAAGGAAAGCUGAUCACUUGCACAAACCACAUCCUCAGGGACAAAGAAGCUCUCUAUAUCCAGAACCAAGACUCCUCACCCAGAGGUGUUUUUCCAGCUUCCUUAAAACAAAGCCAUUGUUCUGGAAACACACUACAGCCAUUGAAGUCAAAUGAAGUCAACUUUUUCCUUCAAGAACCUGCCAGGGAAGGGGCCCUUGAAUAUUCUUCUUCUCAACUUCCAGAGGCUUGUAAUGUAAAAAUGAUUCCUGCUCCUCUUCAGUCUCCAUUUCCAACCAGUCUGACUGUCCCUAACAGGAAGACUGAAGCCGUCAGUGUGGAGUUGUCUCAAGAACCCCAAUUUCCCUUUCCCUCUGCUGAAGGGCACAAGUAUCUCUCAUGCCCAGAAAGAGAGGAUAGGCUGACCUGUUGCAACCCUGGUGCUCUUUGCUCGCCAGAAUACACAUUUUCCUCUGACAGCAGCUUUUCUAUAGACUCUUCUCCUUUAUUUGCAGAAAGGCCAUCUACAGUAUUGUUUCCAGCAAUGAAUAUGAGCCUUGAUUCAGACAGAUGGGCUAUCAGUAUGCUAGCUGAUCAAAUCCACUCCCUGGCUGAAGUCUUCUCUCAAUACACCAAGCAAAGGUCUCAGGAGUCUCUUGGCAUUCACUGGCCUGGGCAUCCUGCUGAGGCUGCCCCUCUAGUGGCAAGACACGACUUGGGGGCUAAUGGAGCCAUUAACUUUUCAGAAGAAAUAUCAGUGGAUGAAGAAACCAUCACCAGUAUUUUAAACAACUUCUUAGAUCAUGACGUCCAGAAUCAAGCCAGUUCUGAACAGAGACCAACAGGCCAUUUUCACUUAGCAAAUACCCAGUUGCAGCUUUCUAUGUACCAGACACUUGUACCAGAAACAACUCCUUUGUCUUUCUCUGUAUCAUCUGAUUCCAAUCUGCAUGAUUCCCAGUGGGAUGGAAAAUUCUAUAACAUAUAUCAGCAAGGGGCCCAAGCGGAGGAAGCCGCCGCUUUCUGUUGACCCUCCAGAGGUGCCAGCGCUUGCAAAUGAGCCACGCGCGCCUUCCAACACGAUCUAGGUGCAACCCAUUUCAGUUGCCGUGAUUAGGACUGAAUCAGUGAUCGUGGCACAAGAUUCAGAGGAACGGAGCUCCCUGGCCCUGGAGGAAGGAUGGAACGGAAUUGGCAUCAAAUCAAGCCACGGAUAGCCGAACUCCCCGAAUUACUUUGCUGUUUAUUCCUGAUGCUGCGGCGAGCAAAACCGAAAUGACUUUGACUAACCACUCCUGAGAGCAAAUAUCCGGG